ACCCAGUCGCAAGCAACAAGUGUCGUUAGUUGUACGCCCCGCCUCCCUACAUCUACUCCAAAAGCUGGGAACGCGUGGUGGAAACUGCCCCGAGGCAAUCCAACCACCUCACUCCAGCUCCGAUCGCGCUCCGGCACGAAUCGCCUUGAGUAAACAUCAUUCCCCCGGCAUUUUGACAUUUUAGUCAGCCUUUUCCCCAAUAACGUGCGGUUAUUGAUCACGUGUUGUUUCCGUAACUGAUCAAUCCAAAUCAAUCAUCCUGACGACCCAAAAAAGCACCAUCUUAAUUUUUUUUCACGUGGAAUAAUUGCCUGGAGCCUUAAGUAUUAUGAAAACCCGGUGGAUUUUGUUGAUUUUCCGGUUUUCAAUAACAAUCACCUGUUGAUUAAGUGAAAAAUCAGUGGAUUCAGUGGUUCCUUGUCUUUUUAAAUUCUGACAGCUCCUCUCGAAGUGCACAGCCUCGCCGGCAAUUUUUUUUCCAGUGAAUGAGGGAGGAGAUAAGAAUUGUUGCUCAUUUAUUAUACAGAUAAUAAGAAACAAAGAUACUAAGGGGGAAAAGUCGGACUCAGUUUCCUCAAGUGCAAUGACAAUAACUGGUUAGAACAAUUCCACUGAUUUUAUGAAAUUGUGUUACGAAGUUUGAGAUUAAAUUAAACUGUGAAAGUGUGAGAGAAAGAUGAAUAACAUUAUCGGCGAAUCUUCGGGAUUAAUUGUCGCAUGUAUCACUGACAACGGCAUUAAUAACAAUAAUGCAAUGAAGAAUGGUGGAAGUAAUUGCAAUACACUGGCUAUUAUUGAGCCGAAUGCUGACGAGGGAAUCAACGCUGCCGUCGCAAAAGUUCUUCAGGGUUUCGACUGGACAUUGGUACCAACUGCUACCAAAGGCCCAGGAGACAAACGAACCACUCAUGUAAAGAGGCCGAUGAAUGCGUUUAUGGUGUGGGCACAGGCAGCGAGACGAAGAUUAGCUGAUCAGUACCCACAGCUUCAUAAUGCCGAGUUGUCGAAGACUUUGGGAAAAUUGUGGAGAUCAAUAAAGGAUGAGGACAAAAAACCGUUUAUUGAGGCGGCGGAUAAACUUCGCAUUAUUCACAAACGCGAACACCCGGACUACAAAUAUCAGCCGCGUCGUAGAAAGCAGAUAGGGCCACCAUCUGGUCCUGAAAAGUCACAAGCGCGAAAUCAGACUAACGUGACCUUCAGUAUUUCAAAUUCCUUGAAACAAGAAGAUCUGAGUCCGCGUGGACUUCAAGGGCCGACUUCACCCCCGAGCCGAGCAAGUUCCUCACCUCCCACGACGCCGAAUCAGGGCUUGUCGCCUCCAACGCCACCAGCAACGCCUCGAGGCCACCACUUUAUCAAUCAGGUGCCUCAGCAUCAGCAGAACAACCUGUAUCACCAGGAUUUAUCGGCGUCUUCGGUUUCUGACUCGUCGCAGCAUCACGGAAGUGUCGAUUUCAACGGAUACAUCGAGGCCAAUGACCAGAUCCAGUCGGAGGAUGGACCAAUGAGCAGUCUAGGAUCACUUGGUGGUGUUAAUCUCAAUAUUCCGUUGAGUCUUCAGGAGUGUGAAGUUGAGAGCAGUGAAUUGGAUCAGUAUCUUCCGUGUCAUACAGUAUCUGUUCAUCCGUACCAGAACGUGAAUUCAAAUAAUUCUUCACCGUCUUGGGGAUCAGUGACUCGGUACGACGAUGACUUGGAGAGACCCAGCAAAAGACACUGCGGUGAUCCAACAAUCGCCGAAUUAUCCUGGGAAGAUCGACAACACCAUAUAAUACAAUACCACGAGCUCCAGCCCCCGUUACCCCCGGUUCAGUACAUAUCAGGCCCUCACCAUCCUCAUCCAACACAAGUGAAUCACUCCCAUGUGGGCAAUCCCUACGUGCAAUACCCUGCACAUCGUUACGUGCCCGGCAUCGAAUCUUGGACUAACUACCAUUGAGGCGCGAUGAUUAAAAAAAAUUGAGGAUUAAUGAGUUCAAAAUACGUAGAUCAUAAACGCGAAGAGAUAGCCAAAUACAAUGUAAUUAAUGUUCAAUUACAGUGAUCGGAAUAAGCCUAGUGAUAGUGUGAAUAAAAUACUGAUGACAGCAAAAAAAUAGAGGAGAUACAUAUAGUGUACCUGUAAAUAAGUGUGUGCGUGUGUAUGUAUGUAUGUGUAUGAGGUAUGUGUGUGUGUGCGAUGUUUGAAAGAUUGAGAAACUGAAUCGAAGAUACACGAAGCAGAUCGUGAUUACAACUCCUACCGCCAUUCGCCUCCAUGACAUCAUUCCAUGACAGCUUUCCCUCCUCCCUCGCGUCAUUCCAAAGCCGAGUCCAGUCAAAAGACCGCAGAUAUCUACACUUUUAACGAAUGGGGUUCUUGUAAAAUAAUUUCAAUUGCACAUAUCACCUGUAAUUCAUUUUAUUUGCUAGAAUAUCGUUGUCGAAGGGGAGGCGUUUUUCCGACAGAAAUCGGGAACUUGCAGAAUUUUUUUAUCUCAAUUUUCUGAUCUUAAGUUGGCAACUUGAAUAAAAGUUAAAAUAUACAUAAGGUAUUGCUCAUUAAUCGCCACUUAAUUAUUAAAAAAUCGAACAGGUCGGAUACCUUCAAAUCGUAAGAGACGUCACGCGGACGGUCGCGCGCUGGGCCAAUCACAGGGCGCCUCGAGCCGACCGGAGCCGAUCUCCAGAUCGCCCUCGACCAAUGAAGGACGACAACCCCCCACUCUCAUCACAUUUAAUCAAUGAACCCAUUAGCCGAGCGUCUUCGUACCCGCGCGACCGAACAAUUAGUCUCCAAAAACGUCUGAUUUUCAAUUAAUUUUCCAAGAUAUCUGUAUAUUACUAUAUAUUUUUUUACACAUGUAAGAAUGUCUGUAAAUGAGGAUGCGAACGAAUUAAGCUCUCUGCAAGUUCCCUAUCGAGACUAUUUCUUAUGGACAAUUGAGAAUGUGGUGGAAUGAAUGCCAUCGCUGACGAUAAGAAUAAAAAAAUAUGUGAACAGCUAUCAAUUAUUCCUCACUUAUUUUUAGCAUAAUAAUCAUUAAAGGUAUAUGAGAAUUUAUGAACAGCUUUUUCGUACUUAGAUAUUUAUUUACAUUAUUAACCUGUUUGUUUUUCAUUAUUAUGUUUAUUCGAUCACAAACAACAUUUGUAUCUGUAUUUUAAUGAUGAAAUAAAAAUAAUCAUUAUACCAAUUCAA